UAGUUACCCUUGCUUAACUCGAUAUUUAAUAAUUAAUAAUUAUGGAAAAAAGUAUACCGCCAGUUCUGCAAAAAUGGUUAAGAAAGUGUCUGAGGAAGGAGUUCGAGAGGACGAUACAGAGCGCUAUAGAGGAGGAACAAGACAGCAGCGAGAUCGCUCAAAAGCUCACGCACUCCAGAAACAUGACCAGUCUGCUGAGUUCCAUGAAGAUGGCGAUUUCCGAACACUACAUAAUGGUGAAACCGUCGUCCGCAGCGUCGCGUUCACAAUCAUCGCUUUCGUUCACGAGUGAUCUCACAACGGAUGACUGGGCCACUUCUCCGCAAGGGGAGGACAGUGAGCAAUACAGCUACAUUAUCGACAAGAUCAGUCGCGACAAGCCGGUGCACGUGCGACUGGCUGGCUACGAGAUCUUGAUGAAGAUCGAUUUGUCGAAUGUGAACAACAGUUCCCGAUGGGAUGUUCUGCAGAACACGUUGCUGGACGGUCUGACGGACGACAGCAGAGCUAUAUUCGAGGCCAGCAUGCAGGUACACGCAAAGUUGUUGAGUUGCGUGCAGAUACACAGUAUCUACGGCAAUCUACUGAACGCAUUCAAUGCGCAAUACCAUUCGCAGAAGGUGCACGAGACCCUGCCGACUCUCAUCUCUGGGAUUAAUUUCAAGUUCUUCCUGCACGAAAAACUGUUCCGCAUAAUGCAUUUAAUAAUUCGCUACCAGGAGGAACUGUUGAAGAGUGUUCGGCACAUCGAUAAGACUACGGAGGACGUCGUGGAGCAAUUUAUAAUAUUCCUCAGUACACACAGCUUCGGUAAUACAUUACAGUCCAAGACUUUAAACAUGUUAAACAUCAUUUCGGUGUUGGAGCCGCAAGCUAAAUGGAGCAAGAGGUGGCUACAUAGUUUAUCCACUAGAAAAACGUUCGUUGCAUCUUUGGGCAGGUCGCCGACGUUCUUGCAGAACGUCGUAGAUUGCGUCUAUAAUGGCUUGCAAGAUACACCCUGUUCCUUGUCCGCCUCUAUCGUGGACGAGGUCAACGAACUAUGCAUCCCCGGCAACACGAUAGAGACAGUCACUUAUCUGCACUGCUUAGUCCUCGUGUCGCAACUCUGCAGCUACGAGGCAGGCAGAGCAUUGCUGGCGAACGGCUCGUUGAAGACGCCGUUCGAGAUCACCGAUUUCUUGAUCAAACUGUCCAACUCGCUGAACAAAUUAGUGUCGGAAGCACCGAACGGGGUGUACGACACUUGCAACCAUGUUCUGCAAAACGUGCUGAACGUAUCAGAAGUAUUGUACAACGUGAAAUUUUGUCACACUGCGUUGUGCCACUUGGUGUCUCUCCCUGAGAAUAAUAUAAAGAUCUGGCCGCACACGUUGAAUGUGAUCUCCCACUUGAUAGACACUGCGGAUGGACCCGCGUUUUUAACCACGGACUGUAAGGAGCAUUCGACUACUAGCUCCACCGAGAAUGCAUCGUCCAAGUGCCCGGUCGCGAUUUUUAUGCUGUACGCGUCCAAUUUGCUAAAACAACCGUUCUCUAUAAUGGACAUGGAAUGCAUUCUCGGCUCGUUCGCGUUGAUGGAGAAACUAUUCAACGUGUACGACGUUUACGAAGCUGCGCAAGUACAGAUAGAAACGCAGUUCUAUCCCGCCGUCACAAAUUUCUACAAGAAGAUGAACAAGUACGGUGUCGAGAACGAAAAUAAGGUUCAGCAACUCGACAGCGUCGUCAAGAAAGUUUUGCUGAAAAUGGUAUCAGUACCGCUCGGCCUGCAAGCGCUCGUCAAAGAGAAACUAGUAUUUGAAGAAUUGAUUCGCGGAUUGAUUGUCCCGCUAAGAGCGUCUUGGAGCUCCACCGACAUAGUCAGCUUUAUCUCGUCAGCUGGUUACUUCGAUUUAGGCUACAACGUGCUCGCAGAUCUCGCACCUCAUGUCCUAUCGACUCUGGUGUCUCAAAUCUGCGCGAAUGCGGAGGAUUCCGCGCACUUCUACGAUCCUUGGGACAGAGAGAACGUCAAGGAGUUUCUGCACAUACUCGAGUUGUUCUCCCUUAAUUUCAAUUGUUUCGCGGCGUUUAUGGUGAACGACGAGUCGAAUAACGACGAGGAAAAGGAUUGUCCUUCCAAUCUAUCGGAGUUGCUGCAGACUGCGAUAAACGAGGACUCGAGUUACCAUCAUCUGGGUCUCCUGUCGUUGAGCACAGUAAUUUGGAACUUGGACAUUCAUGUCUACCUAGUGAACUUGUUGAACUUUCAGGAAAUAUUAUUGAAUAUUCAAAAGGACAGUACAAUCAUGAUUGAAGCACGCGAGAAACAAGCUGACGACAAAUACGAUUACGAGCGGUCUAUAAUGGGCAACGACGACGAUGACGACGACGAUAAUUAUAAGCCAGAAUCAACAAAAGAAUACGUAAUUGACGAUUCCAGCUUGCUUCGAUACGAUAUCUUGUUAAAAUCUUAUUACCUAGCAUACAAGAUGAAACAAUACCCGAUGCCCUUGGAAGAAUAUCAACUGUUUUCGGAAUUCCCACCACCUAGGAUAUUCGCGGAGACGAUGAAUUAUUCCGAUAUGGAAUAUGAUUCGGAGCUGAACGAUAUGUUGCAAGAAGAGAGGCCUGGAUUGUUAGACAUCGGUUGGGUCUCGCAAGUUCGUGCGGCUCACAAAGCGUCGCGAUACCCGAUGAAGAAUUCUGUGGUAACAAAUUUAUUGAACCAAAUGCACAAAGCCAUCCCGACCGCGGAGUGGGUGGAGCAGUUCGUAUGGCAAGAGAAUAUAACUUACGACGCAGACUAUUGGGUCCCGGAAGACUUGCACGCAAUCAAUGUAGCUCUGAGUUACGGGGAACAACGGCAGAUCUUGAAGAACGACAGCGAUACCCAACAGAACUUAAAACGGUUCAUUCAUUCCGCGUAUAUGUUCAUACAGUACAACAAACCGAGCAAAUUCGAGGGCUUCGAUUGGUUUUUGGCGACAGUAUUCAUUAUCUGCGAUGGAGAUCUAGAUAAGUGCAAGACUUUCAUCAUGCAAUUGAUUCAAUUCCCAUCGACUCUGCUUCUCUGGCCGAAAUUGGGCCAUGUUAUGGGCGAGAAAAAUAAUGAGACCACCAGCUCGCAAUUCACUUUCAUGCAAGUUUUAGAAGCCAUGGUUAAUAUCGAGCUUCCGAAUAUCAAAUACGCAUUGAAGGAUGCAUGCGGUAUAAACUGGUGGAUGAUAUUCAAUAGAAUGAUAUUGCAAUGUUUCUGGGGAAUUCUUCCGUGGAGCGAGAUAGUUCAUUUCUUCGCGAUCUGCAUUUUGUAUCCGCCCGAUUACAUGGUAUACUACUGCGUGUCACUUUUGCAAUCCUGUCAGGAGGUCCUGUUAGAGGAUAUAACGAGCGGAAAAAUAUGGCCAGAAAAUAUGGUGUUGGAUGAGUACCGUUGUCACAAUUACAUUUCGUACAUGGACAAUUUAGGUCAGCGAUACAGAAAUAGAGUUUUACCGGCAAUGAGCAAAAAUAUGAAUUUAGACGAUGAGUUAUAAAAACAUUGGACUUUCUCGGUUUAUUGGACUAUUUCGGUUUGAAAAACUGUUGAUGUGGAAAAACGCAUACCGUCCGUGUAGAUAAAAAUAAUGUAAACUUCAGCAUGUAAAAUAUUUUAUAGAAUUCUUUUACACCAAAGUGUGUGUAUGUGCGUAUAUGUAUGUGUACAGUGAUACGUUAGCAAAACAGUAUACUUCUAUAACAAUAA